AUGCAGGACCAAAUUCAAAAAUUGCUGCUGAUGGGCCCCGGCGGGGCGGGCAAGACGUGCAUGCGGAGUAUCAUCUUCGACAAUUAUCUCCCACGCGAUGCCCUGCGGCUCGGCAUCACCAUUUCCCUCGACCAGAGCCAAGUGCGUGUGUUUAACAAUUUAUAUCUCAAUCUGUGGGACUGCGGCGGGCAGCACCGCUACGUGGCGGAGUACCUCGGACGCCAGAAGGAGUACAUCUUCCGCAGUGUUGCUGUGAUGCUCUUCGUGUUUGAUAUCAACAGCAUGAGCCGCGAGAGCCGCGAUGCGUCUAACGGAAUGCAAACAGACUGGAGUCGACCAGAGAUGCUAGACUACUUUCAAUCUGCCAUGUGCUACAUCACACAGUAUAGCCCAAACGCCAAGGUUUUUGUGCUGCUGCACAAGAUGGAUCUCAUCGCAAAAGAUCAGCGCGAUAAAAUAUUUGAAUCACGAAAGGCGGAGAUCCUCGCAUGCCUGGAUGAUAAUGUGGUGACAGGAAACAUUCAGUUCUUUGCUACUAGCAUAUGGUCUGACUCACUUUAUCUUGCCUAUAGCAAUGUGGUACGCUCACUCAUUCCCCACCGCAAUCUAUUUAUUGCCGAGAUGAAAAAGUUACUGCGAUGUUGUCAUGCAGACGAAGUAGCUCUCUAUGAGCGCAGCACAUUUCUUUGCCUUGCACAUGUCAGUCGCAAGAAUAUCAACGAUAGCAACAAUUGCACCAACGGCGACGAAGAAGAAAAUGGACAACUUUUAUUGCAAGAUAGUGAGCAACGAACGACGGAGGUUAGCGAGACAGUGAAACACUUCAAGUUGAGCUGUAUGAAUAACACGACAAGCCUAGAUGGAUUUCAGAUUGCAACAGAAACCUUUACUGCACUACUACAUCCUUUUACAAGUUGUACACAUGUGUUAAUUGUGUCAUCAGAUCCAAGUGUUAAUGUGGAGCUUCACAAAUGUAAUGUGAGGUCAGCGCAGCGUGCAUUUGAGUUGUUUCUCCGUUCAGGUGAUAGCACUGCAGAAGAAAUGCGUCAAGUAUUGUAA